UGCUCUUUAAUGUCCGCAGACGCGCGUGCACGGUGGGUGUUACACAGUAUGUGCCUGUGCUCUCGUGCCUUAUUCGCGUUGUGUCACUGCACAGUCACUGCAUUUUGCACAGGCGGUAUUUUUGAAGAGUUUGUGCUUUUCUCUCUCUCUCUCUCUCUCUUUCUCUUCGACCCGCUGUUUUGAGCUGAUGAGGAUACACCAAUCGGUCUCCGCUCUGUGGUUGUUUUUUUCUCUCUCUCUACCUUUGUGUUCAGAUCGCCUCACACUCGUGUUUCUCACCCAGCCCAGUCUCCCCCAUCUCCCCCCCUCACACUCCUCCCUCAGCCUCAGCAUCUCAAAAGGCUACUGAGUGAGAAUCGAUGGCGCAGAGGCCCGCCUGACAGGACAAUAAAACCCCACAAAGAAGCGAAGACAGUUAUGUACCUGUUAUGGAAGUUAAACCCAGCGUGCCUGGACUCCCAGGCCUGGUUUCAGUCCUUGAUGUGUGGCCUUUGAGACGUCCACCAUCCCUCGAUCCCCCUGCUUUUAAUGGAGCCCCCAUCUUCUGAGUUGAAAUGGAGGAUGAAGAUGGCACAUGUUUACUUGAUGUGUUGUGUGACCCACAAGCCCUGAAUGACUUCCUUCAUGGGACAAAAGAGCUGCUAAGUGGAGACCUGCUCAUUAAUUCUUCCUCUGGGGAGCCGUCCCUGUUCACAGACACGCCGAGCCCUGUCUCUUUGUUGGCAGACGAUGUUGGCUCUCAUGACACACCUAUAUCAGGUUGUGUGGAUCUCUCCUUCCUGGAUGAGGCCUUACUGGCUUCACCAGCAGGAGGAGAGGAUUCUGAAGAGGUAUGCGAACCUCCACAAGUUGAGGCGGAAGUGCCACAGCAACAGGAAGAGGAGGAGGCGACAUGUGACAUCCUACAGCAGAGUCUCCAGGAGGCUGACAUUACUGAGCACACACUGGCUUUAGAGGCAGGUCUUGCCCAGUCUAGUGAAGCGCUCUCUCUCUACCCAUCUGGUAUACCCCCACCUUCACCUCCAUAUAUGUCUAAAACACUGAGCAUCUCUGGGGUCACAACAUUGCCCAGGGACACGCAAGUUGCAGUAGAGCCUCCUCAACCAUCCCUGUUAGCUGUGGGACCAGGUUGCCCUUCACUCAAGCCUGUACCACCCCAAUUAAUGGGGUUGCUACCUGGGAACGUAUUUCCUGCACCUCCCACUUCGGACACAUCCUUCUGUCUGAGUCGUGCACAGGGUUCCAAUAUGAUCAUCCACAAAACCCUACCAGGCCUUACAUUGAGCCCUGCUGUUAGGACAACAGCACCUCCAGAGAUUAUAUUGCAAAGAACCCCUCUGCCCAUCCAACCCAAGCUGCCAGUCAGCAUCCAGCCUAGAUUGGUGCAGAUAAGCCCAAAACCAUCAGAGCAGAAAUCAUCUCCAGGACUUGCUUUUAUUCCUCCAGCUGCAUCACAAAAUAUCCUGUUGUCCUCUCCUGUGGGCUCCAGGCAGUCUCUGCCAUCACAGUCUACAACCACACUCAACAAGCCUGUGAGUCUGCAGCUAGUCAACCAAGGAGGCUCAAUUGUCAUUCAGCCCCAGAGUCUCUUUCAGGGCCAGAGCCACUUUAUACUGCCUAGUCAAGGAUCUGUAAACCAGUCUGCGAGUGUCUCUAGGCCACUGCUCAGCACGUCAAACAAUCAAAUGCCAAGCACAGCCCCUCUGGCAGGACAGCUUGUUGAUGGCUCACAGAUUGUAACUGUACGCCCCAGGCAACUGAAUUUUAGCCCUGUGUUUACCACCCCGACUGGGCAGCUCACACUCAGACAGGGCGCUCUCCUUUCCGGACCCCUGCAGCUUCAGUCAGCGCCUCCUACUGUCUUCCAGAUGCCGGCGCAGCUAGCAGGGGCCUACUCUGCUCAUGCACAGGGGCAGCAUGGUGGUGUUGUCCAUACUCCUGCCUUAGGGAAGCAGAUUACCUUGAUCAACACUCCCGGUGUGCUUGCCCCUGAUAUGACCGCCAUAUCAAUAGUGAAUGGGCCAUCCGUGGUGCAAAGCUUGCCCUUUGUGUCCCAGGCACAGAGACCUAUAGCAGGGGGCCCUGAGGAGCAGCUAAGUCUUCCACAGACCCCAGUGCUUCUAUUGCCUGAGAGAAAUGCAGCAGAUAAAAAUGCAACAAAUGAACAACUGCAGAGUAUCUUACAACAAGGCACACUGUCUCCUCCAGCUUCAGUGCAAGCUGCUGUAGCCAAAAUGCACACACAGCCUUCCCCAGUCAUUACUCUUUUGCAGGCACCACCAGAGAGCACCAAUUCCCCUGAGCCUGUCACAUUAUUGUCCAAACACCUAAUUACGCACCCAGAGAAUCAGCAAGCUGUUGAAGGAGGCCAUAUACCACCAAAUCAAGCAUUCAUACACCAUCCCCUACAGGAAGCACUUAAUCCUUCAGCCUCUGCUGAAUCCUUGGACAGCCACAUCUCUCCUGCAGCUAGUGAGACAGAGUCUUCACCCAUGGUACUGGCUGUGUGUGCCUCAUCUGAGGUUCUCUCUGUGCUGUCCGAGUGUGGAGGAAUCGCCACUCCAGUCCAUUCUGGGUCAGAGCAUGGUGACACGUUAGUUUCACCGCCCAUAACCCAGUGUUCUGGAAGUACUCCCUCGACCAUGUUUCCUACACCCCCGCUUUCAGACAGACAACCCUCCUCAGCAUUUGUGGUUCUCAGUGCCAAAAUGCAGGGGCAAGAGGAAUCCAUGCUGUGCAUGAGUCCAUCUUCAACUCCGGAAAAGAUGUGCGUUUCUGAGCAACAGCAUUUACCCAUCCCUGUAUCUAAUGGCCUCAAUGGAGUCCUGGAGUCUGGCCUUAAUGAAGCCCAGCAGCACAUGCAUCAAAGCAAACUCAGAGUUCCUGGUGUAGUAGACGAUGAAGAAAUAGUCCUGCUGGACCUGCAGGACAGCUUUGAGGGCUUGUCAUCAGAGGACACCCAGGGCCACACUGCACUUCAGGUGCCCUGUGUGAUGGCAAGAGAAAGACUCACUCCAGCAAUGCGGCAGCAGAGUUCUUGCGUUUUACAUCAGAAUUUGUUUUACCUCAUGAAAACUAUUCAUGAAGUCAAAGUUGCAGAGCAAUCAGUUCUAACUUAUCUAAUACAUUGCUCGUAUAUGCAUGUGUGUGAAAUUCACAGGAUCAAGCGGCAGCUUUGUUCAGACUAUGACGCUGUUCUUAAUCCAAAUACUUGCUCUCGGUUCACUUCGCUAGAGGAUGCUGUGAGACACCUGUUGCCCUACCAUACCUGCUCCAGAGCCUUACCCAGCCAAACUGAUCUACUAAUAGUGGACAAGCAGUUUGAGAAUGUAUCAGGGCUGCUGCUGAAAUGUACUACAGACAUGCUAAAUAAAUACAGGCAGCUCUUGCUGACAGAGUCUCAGCAAGAAAGUCCUUCAGCAGAAAUGGUGAUGCUAGAACGGCUGUUCCUGCAGUCUGAGCGACUCUUACUCGGGGAGGAGAGACGCAGAGCAAGAGGUGAUCCAGAGUCCUUCCUGAUGUCUUUGCGUAAAGCAUCGUGGCACCGCGGCACGCUGCCUUCACGCCACUCUGAUGCCUCAGCGAGUCCCCCAUCGCCCCCUGCAUGGGCACUACACUCAGACAGACCCCCAGGUCUUAAAACAUAUUGUUCCAGGAGCAGGGGGGCGCUGCGCCUUACCAUCAAGCAUGAGUCAGGAUCACGCAAAGUCAUCCAUAACUCUGCCUGUGAUGAGCCACACGUCCCCACUGGACAUAAACGCACCUUAGACGGGCAGCUAACUAACAGAGGAGGGAAUGAACAGGAAAAGUUGCUCGGUCCUACAGAGACAAGCUCAGAGCAGAAACAAGCGGUGGAUGGCAUGGACAACAGGACAGUCUGCAAUUUUAUCACAAAGUCAGAGCACAAAUCUGAAAGAGCAGAGGGAUCAUUUCCAGAUAUGCAUGUGCACCCACCACAGCUUAAAAGAAGCAAGCUGGAUGUUGCAGAUGGGUUGGGGGAUGAAGGUGGCCUGAGUGAGCACCUGCAGAGCGCUAUAGACAGUAUCCUGGAGCUUCAGCGGCUUCAGGGACCAGCAGCUUGUCUCAAACCCAAACUGCAGCCCUGCGCGCUGGAGCAGAGCAUCAGCUGUGUGCUGGAGGGAGAAAUGUAAUACACAGAACAAGAAUCUGCGAUACAAAAAAAACAAGUGCCGCUUCCAUCCUA